GGAUGAAAUGUUUGGCACAGUGGGUUUAGGCUCUUGACCAGAGGUAGGAUCCGAGCUGAGGUUUAGUGAGGCUUGCAGUGCGGUGGAACAAGAGAUCUCUCGAGGCCCGUGCCGAGGAUUUCAAGAUGAAGAUACAGAUAGCAGUGUUAGUGCUGGUUCUGGCGUGUGUAGUAGUAUCGAUAUCUGGAAUGAUUAGAGACAAGUGCUGGAGUCAUGGAGACUGUGGUAAGCGUGAGUGCUGUGCUGGUGUGUCUCACAAGUACCCAGGAGCGUGUGCUUAUCAACCUCAGUUAGGACAGAAAUGUUAUCCCGCGAUACGUCCCAGCUCCAAGACCCAGUGCUCAUGUAUUCUUGGUACAACUUGUUCUUACGGAUACGACAACAGCGACCCAAACAACACGGACCGGAAGUUCAGAUGUGUCAAGGUUGUUUUCGAGCCAGACGAGAUAGAAGCUGAAUACAUACCUCCAUUUUGAUUGUGGAGUCUAGUUAGGCGAUUUGCUUUUUGAGAUUUGAAUAAAUUCUCUAGAUUUUUUAAGGUUUCUUUACUUUGCGAUAAAUUGCUGUACCUGUA